AUGAGCCCCAUGGACUUGACUAGAGACGCAAUGGACACCAAAAAACAAGAGAUGGACCAAGACCAGCGCGCCAAGAAUCGACUUAUCGUCAAGCGCUGCUACUACAAGAAAUUGAGCACUUUGAAUGAACUCCGGGAUCAAGUCACGACACUGGAAACAGAGUACGAGCGGCUAUUAGAAGCGCAUCAUCAGCGAGAUGCACAACCUUCAACCGAAGAAUACACGGAUGACAAUGGUGCUUCUUCUUCAGCUUUGCACCGAGCAUACGUUCAGCUAGCUCAACUCAAAAGCGCCUUGACAAAAGAGAAUGCCGAGUUGAAGAGGCUCGAAGCCGAUCAUGUGACGAUGGAAAAACAAGUUGCACAACUGACUGCUGCACAGGGCAAGGCUGCGGCUGCAGUGCGGCUGGCACAAGAGGACAAGCGCGUCAAUCCAAUGUUGAUAGUAAACCCAUUGAGUCUUGAACAGUGUCACACCAUAGCGCAAGUGGCGUACGAUGAAGUAUUGACAUUCCGAGAAAGCACCAAGUGCUUUACCAACGGGACCAACAUCUUGGGUUGGAAAGACCGACACAAACUGCUUCCUGACAAGCUCAUGUUUUGCCUAGAAAAGGCAUUUCAUGAUAGAACGCUGGAGGAAGUAUCACGUGGUAUGUGGCACGUGCUUUCGCAACCGGAGUCACUCUCGAAAAUGUACCCGCGCGAUGUAAAAUCUCACUUCCACGUGACCCAACGACUAGAUGAGAACACGGUGAUUUACUAUCAUACACUGGAACGUGAGGAGACUGAAGUGCGAGUGCGUGCUUUUAUCUUGGCGAUGCGCGUUGACCUUGGACCCGACAGAUGUAUAGUGUUCUAUCGUAGUCUCGAUCCAAAAGCGUAUCUCCAUCAAGAAGGUGACAUGGUGGUGCGUGACCCACGCGGUCGGAAGAAGGUGGAGCCACAAAAAGAAGAAGUAUGGAUGGAAACAUUUAUCUGGGGAGUUUACGAGCGUGCUGGUGAGCUAGGAGAACAUUGCAAGCAUGAUGUUGGAGGUGUGAUUGAGAGCACUGAACUUGCCACUGCCGGUUGGUGGGGACUUGAAAUCUUACAGAUUGCAAUGCGCUUUGAAGCGCAAGUGAUGGGUCCUCAAGCUCUCCUACAAUGA